AUGUCUUCGUCCACUGAAGGUGGUAGACUCAUCUGUCCCGAGUGUCGGGGCUUCUGCGACGUCUCAGACACCUGUCCCACGUGUACUGCCGCUGAAUCAGUCAUACUCAAAGCGGAAAUAUCCGACUCGCAGGACGACACUGCUUUGAAGAUGGCUCCGUCUGCUGAACAUUCCCCCCAGCAGGCUAAUUCCGAAGCUUCAUCUGCCACAGCCAAGGCUGCUUCAGCUCCUCAGUCCCCUUCUGCCCCCCAACCACCCCCCGCGCAGCCUGCCCCUACUACCCCGCCAAAGAAAACUUCAAAGGCCACCAAGAAGACCAAGAAGAUGGAAUCUUCCAGCGAUUCCAAUAACAGCCCGAAGGAGAAGUUGACGCCGGCAUGUGCUCCUUGCAAGAAAGCAAAGAGACGGUGCGUCCAUCGCAGCGUUAUUCCAGAUGCGGAAGGACAGGGAGCUUCCCAGCCCUCCAAGAAGCGUAAGCAGACUGCUGAGCCAGGGGCCAACCCUAAGAGGGUCAAGAAGAAUGAUGGCGAUGUCAGCGGCAACGAAACGGGAUCUGAAGAGGGUCAGCGCAUCAAGCUCAAGUUUAAGAAUGUCGAGUAUAACACCGAAACAGGUGAAUCGACACCAAAGAAACGAGGCAGGCCAUCCAAGACAUUGCCAGGCAAUGCUGAAGCCGGGGCUCUACCUAGUAUAGAAGAGGAAGACGAGGAAGAAGAGGUCCCACAGAAGCAAGCCAAGGAUAAGAAUUAUGGCCUUCCAAAGGAUAGCCUCGUUGCGGCGUCAAGAGUGACGGCUUUCAAACACUUGGACCGGCAGCUACAAGACAAGAUAGCAGACUGCGAGGAUAAAUGGAAGGCGGCCAAGGACACCGUCGAUGAAAUCCGGUAUAUACUGAAUAAAUGGAUAGCGCUUUGGGAACAAGGAAGGGCAUGA